AUGCGUCUUAUCCACACCUCCACAUUUAGACAGGAAGAAUUCUAUGGCAGCGAGAUCCCUCCUUAUGCCAUUUUAUCCCACACAUGGGGGGAGCAUGAAGUCACGUUUCAGCAAUAUCGGGACAUAGAGUACGCGCGGAGCCUGUCAGCGUUCCAUAAAAUAUAUCACACCUGCCGGCUAGCUGCCUUACGGAACUUGGACUGGGCGUGGAUUGACACCUGCUGCAUUGAUAAGAGCUCGAGUGCCGAGCUCAGUGAGUCGAUCAACUCGAUGUAUACCUGGUAUCAACGAGCAGCAGUCUGCUUUGCUUAUCUCUUUGAUUUGCCUGCAGGUGUCGCCACAGAUCACGGUAACAGCAAUGAUGUCUUUGGAAAGUGCAGAUGGUUCACGCGUGGUUGGACUCUGCAGGAACUGAUUGCACCCCGCUCUGUCAUUUUUUACAACUCCGAGUGGACGGUGUAUGGAACGAAAGAUGAGCUUGCGGAGAGGAUAUCAGCUAUCAUGAAUAUUGACGUGGGAGUACUCAGGGGUAAAAGACUGGAUCAUUUCAGCAUCGCCCAAAGAAUGUCGUGGGCUGCCCACCGCCAGACGAAGCGGGUUGAGGAUAUAGCGUAUUGUCUCAUGGGAAUUUUUGGGGUAAACAUGCCAUUGUUAUAUGGAGAAGGAGAAAAUGCUUUUAUCAGACUACAAGAAGAGAUCAUGCAGGAUUCUGAUGACUCGAGCCUUCUUGCAUGGAGAGCUCGCGAAGGCGGGGCAGACGACACUCCAUCACUCCAUGUGUUACCUGACGGCUCUCAAGUUCGAGGGCCCUUCGCCAGCUCUCCAGCUGAAUUUGCAGAUUCGGGAAAUAUCACCUACCGACCGAGUCUUGAAAUGGGCUACGCUCCAUAUACAAUGACCAAUAAAGGACUAUAUAUCAAGCGUCCUUGUAUUCGAACCGAGCAGGGCGAGAUUUUGUUUCUGGGUUGUGGCAAGGUAAACGGCCUCAGGGACUACAAACUGGUAGGUAUCAGAAUCAAAAGUCUCUCAGGUGGUCGGGGGGUUGUCGUUAGGACAACACCUGCGAAAUUGUUCAUGUUAUCUAUGCAUGAUCUGUGGGCUGCGGUUGAGACGGAGGUGUAUAUUAGAAAGCGGUUCGUGUAG